GAUAAAAUUCAAUAGAUGCGUCCUCAACGGACCACUCAGUGUGACCCCACACUUCACUUCCACAAAAACACACACUUAUAAGUUAUACUUAACUCAUAAGCACACACACUCGUAGCCCUUCUUCCCCCCAAAGCUAAACAAGCCCCCACCCACCCCCACUGAUGAAUUAUAUCAGAGAGAUGAGCAAAAAGAUUCAGUUUUUCUUGGAAACAACCCAAAAUUAGAGUGGCCCAUUUGGUUUAAUUAUUAUCUUGACCACCAACUAAUAAUCUUUAUGGCCAAAACUGGGGUCUUUGAUACUCAUCCAGCCAUGGUUGCUAGGGCUAAAGAGCUGAAGAAGGAGUUGCAGAGGUUGGUUAAGUCUAUUGUUGAUGAAGAUGGUCUUUUGUUUAGCUUGGGAGAUGUUGAUGGAGCUAAGGAGGUUUUGUCUUGUUUGAAACAACUUAAAGUGGAGGGCUCAUCAUUGUGUUUGAAAUUGAAGGAUGGAAGUGAUUCUUUGGGUUUUCCUGAGGAGUUUUGCUGUCCUAUUUCCAAGAAGCUUAUGUUUGAUCCUGUUAUUGUUUCUACUGGUCAGACAUAUGAUAGACCAUUUAUACAAAGAUGGUUAAAAUCAGGGAAUAGGACAUGUCCGAAAAGCCAACAAGUUCUAUCGCAUACUAUACUUACACCGAAUCACUUGAUUAGAGAUAUGAUAUUGCAAUGGUGUAAGAACCAUGGAGUUGAGGUGCCGGAUACCCUUCAAUACUCCGAAGAAGGAGUAACUGAGCCGGAUCGUCAUCGUUUCGUGUAUUUGCUUGAGAAGAUGUCUUCCUCAUUGUUGGAUCAGAAAGAAGCUGCAAAGGAAAUGAGAUUAUUAACUAAGCGGACACCUUCAUUCCGUGCUUUGUUUGGUGAAUCAGUUGAUUCCAUACCUCAAUUGCUUAAUCCACUUUCUCAAAUCAAGUCUAGAAAUGAAGUUCACCCUGAUCUCCAGGAGGAUUUGAUUACUACAGUUCUGAAUCUAUCAAUACAUGACAACAACAAGAAGCUUGUAGCGGAAACACCAAUGGUUAUUCCACUCCUUUUGGAUGCAUUAAGAUCAGGAACGGUUCAAACAAGGAGCAAUGCAGCAGCUGCUCUCUUUACUUUAUCAGCUCUUGACUCUAAUAAAGAACUCAUUGGGAAAUCUGGUGCUCUAAAACCUCUCGUUGAUCUUUUAGAAGAUGGACACCCAUUAGCUAUGAAGGAUGUUGCUUCAGCUAUUUUUAACCUUUGUAUUCUUCAUGAAAACAAAAUGAGGGCCGUGAGGAGUGGUGCUGUGAGAGUAAUCCUUGAAAAAAUCAAGAACAGAGUGCAUGUUGACGAGUUAUUAGCUAUUCUUGCCAUGCUUUCAACUAAUCAAAUGGCUAUUGAAGAAUUGGGAGAGCUCGGUGGUGUUCAGUGCCUUCUCAGUAUAAUUAGAGAGAGCUCUUGUGCUCGCAACAAAGAAAAUUGCAUUGCAACCCUCCAUACUAUCUGUUUCAGUGACCGGACCAAGUGGAGGGAGAUGAGAGAGGAAGAAAAUACUUAUGGUACAAUCUCUCAGGUUGCUCAUAAUGGCACCUCUAGGGCCAAGAGGAAGGCUAGCGGAAUCCUUGAGAGACUUAAUAGAGCAGUCAAUCUCAUCCAUACUGCAUGAACAGAAGUUUCCAAACACGAAGUCUGUAAAUUCUAAAAUCUUUUCUCAUUCUAUAGUCGCAAUUUCCGCCACGGUAUAUUGCGGUUAGUCUCAUCUCUUAAAUUUAAUACAUAAUGUUUUCUUGAGUUUGAGUUUCAGGUUGUUGAGUUGUAGUCACUGUGAAUAACCAUGUUUAAGGAUGGAACAUUAUCUGUAAGAUCAAUUCUCCCUUCUGUAUAUAAAUAAGUACUUUGCAAAAGUUUUAGUUUCA